CUCCCCAAGACCAGCUCUGAUCCUCACUUCACAAUGGCACCUUCAACUUUCAAAAAGUGGACAGUCGAGGGCUCCGACGGCUUCGACGCGCUGAAAUUCAACGAGAAGGCCUCGCUUCCUAAGAUUGGCGACAAAGAUAUUCUGGUCAAGUUCCAUGCUGCCUCGUUGAACUACCGCGAUCUUGCCAUUCCCAAGGGCAAAUACCCCUUCGGUGUUAGGAAUGGGGUUGUCCCUGGCUCCGAUGGCGCCGGCACGGUGGAGAGUGUCGGUCCCAGAGUCACGCGUUUCAAACAGGGCGACAAGGUCGUCACACUGUUCAACCAAGGCCAUCUUGGAGGCCCCAUUGACACCUCCAACAUUCAGACUGGACUCGGUGGUCUCAUCGACGGUACACUUGCCGAAUAUGGAGUCUUCGAUGAGAACGGCCUCGUGGCCGCUCCCUCUAACUUGGAUUUUGCUGAAGCCAGUACACUUUCCUGCGCAGCUUUGACUGCCUGGAACGCCCUCUACGGAUUACAAAGCCAUGCUCUGAAGCCUGGACAGACAGUCCUCACCCAAGGCACCGGAGGUGUGUCCAUCUUCGCGGUGCAAUUUGCAAAGGCUGCCGGUGCCAAGGUCAUCGCUACGACAUCUUCGUCCGAGAAGGCAGAGGUGCUCAAGAAGCUUGGGGCUGACCACGUCAUCAACUACAAAGAGACCCCGAACUGGGGUGAGCAAGCCAAGAGCUUAACCCGCAAUGGCAACGGUGUUGAGCACAUCAUUGAAGUGGGUGGACCAAACACAUUGGCCCAGUCCCUAAAGGCGGUCGCCAUGGACGGCGUCAUCACUAUCAUCGGCUUCAUCGGCGGUUUCAACAAAGACCAGCCCAGUUUCCUCGACUGCUUGAACCACCAGUGCAUCGUGCGCGGUAUUCUCGUCGGCUCGCGUCUCCAAUUUGAAGACAUGAACCGCGCCAUCGAAGCCAACGACAUCCACCCUGUGGUUGACCAGAAGAGAUUCCCUCUCUCUGAACUCAAGGACGCAUAUCAAUACAUGUGGGAGCAAAAGCACUUUGGAAAGUUGGUUGUGACCAUCGCUUAAGUGGGUGCACGACGAGCGCUGAUCGAGAUGAGCAAGUUCUGUGUUGGUAGGCAAGCUGCAUGAUGUUCUCUAGCAAUGUAUCCAGACUUAUACGAAUAUGCCAUGUGUAGUGACUUCUGUAAAUGUUCAACGUGAUGUCCGGACGUACUAGAAGUUCAAAAUCGUUGGAAUUUCGCAUGUUCGCUGACGCUGUUCGAGUAGUGAUGAAUCCGGUCUGGGUUCUUCAUCCCGUCUGCUGCCGCCAUCCAUCAGCAUACCUGCCCUGAGUUAUACAUCGGCUGUACGCUAUCUUUUUUGCCAUUCCAGUCCCGGCGAUCCAGAGGUUUACAGAUGAACAGGAAUACAUCUUUCAUAUAAAUCUAUUAUUUCAUCCUUGCGCCAAUUUUUACCCCCCAUUCUUCUACCAUGUUUGGCAUGGUAAAUCGAAGUGGUGGAGCUCUGCAGCAGACAGAGAGGUACGCCUACAUAAGCACCCCUUCUCACGACAACACAGCAAACUCACUACGCUGAAGAAUGAGAACGAGGCAUCCGCCAACAGCAGAAUGCCUGGAUCCUGGGAGGACGAACUAGUAGAUCCAUCCAAAAUCUCAACUUUGGGCUAUGCGGCAAUUGGCCUGAAAUUGAAAUUCAAGCGCUCACGCGUCUAUUUUCGCCAG